ACCCAUCCCUCCUGUUUUUUUCUCCUUUAAAAUCCUGAAAGCCUCCUUCUCCGCCGCCACGCAGGCGAAUCUUCGAUCUCGCUUAUUUCGCUUGUGCGUGGCCACCGUGUUCUACAGAUGGAGAAAGAGAGCACGAGCAUAAGCUACGUAUACGAAACCCUCGAUCCCUUGGGCUUUUCGUCAGGCGAACACGAUACCGUUGCCUCGGGAUCAUACGCCGUUUUCCGGAGCGAAAUAACUACCUCCGCUGACCUAGUUGUCGACAUUCCAGUCUCCGAUUACUUCUCCCUUGACGUCCCCGUGGUUUCAACUCUAGCGGAGGCGCUUCCCUUCCCAUCAGUUUCUACCGCUGUGACUCCAUGUCCGCCGGAGGAGGCUCGUGCGGUUACCGCUGAAUCGACAUGGUUCCGAGCUGGGUGCCGGUUUAGGAGUCCCAUGCUUCACAAGGAGAUACUUGAUUUUUCUGAAUUUGUUUCGCCAACUCCUGAAGAACAAGCCAAACGUGAUACUGCUCUAGGCUGUGUCGUUCAGGUGGUCAAAUAUAUCUGGCCACAUUGCAGAGUGGAAGUUUUUGGAUCAUUCAAGACGGGUCUCUAUCUUCCCACCAGUGAUAUUGAUGUUGUGAUUUUGGAUUCAAAAGUGAAAACACCUCAAACUGGUCUUUAUGCUCUUGCUAGGGCAUUAUCACAAAAAGGAAUUGCUAAGAAGCUGCAGGUUAUACCAAAGGCUCGUGUACCAAUCGUGAAGUUUGUUGAAAAGCGUAGUGGAAUUGCAUUUGAUAUAAGUUUUGAUAUGGAUGGCGGUCCGAAAGCUGCCAAUUUCAUUAAGGAUGUCCUGGAAAAGAUUCCUCCUCUACGACACUUGUGUUUGAUUUUGAAGGUCUUUCUACAGCAGAGGGAACUGAAUGAGGUAUAUUCAGGUGGAAUUGGUUCAUAUGCUCUUCUUGCAAUGCUGAUAGCACACCUACAGAUAUAUCGAAGAUCACAAGAUAUGCAAGGGGUCCAAAAGUCCAUGGAGCAUAAUUUGGGAAUCCUUUUGGCAAAGUUUUUUGAAUUUUAUGGACGCAAAUUGAAUACUACUGAUGUUGGUGUUUCUUGUAACUCGUCAAGCACAUUUUUCUUGAAGUGUGAUAAAGGGUUUUUGAAUAGAGAAAGGCCAUAUCUUCUUGCUAUUGAGGAUCCUCAGGAUCCAGCCAAUGAUAUUGGGAGAAAUUCAUUCAACUAUUACAAGGUGAGGUCAGCGUUCUCAAUGGCUUACACUUCAUUGACCGACGAAAGAGCUCUAAAGUCCUUCGGUUCUCAAAAGAGCAUUCUUGGGACCAUAAUUAGACCAGAUCCAGUUCUUCUCGAUCGGAAGGGUGGGUGUAACGGAGAGCUUACAUUCAACACUCUGCUUCCUGGGGCGGGCGAAUCUGUAAUCAGUCAAUUUGAUUUUAACAACAGUGUCAUCUAUAAUUGGCAUUUGUUGGAUGAUGAACCAAUGCCGAGGGAAAGCAAACCCAUUGAUGAGGAAAGCACGCCGGCUCAAAAACGACGAGCCUUACUAACAAAAAGAACGAAACAUAUGUAUGGCAAGAGGGCAAAGUUGCAAGCUGCAAAAAACAGGGAGGAAACCAGUAAAUUGAGUGGUAGUACCAUGAAGAAGAAGAGGAGACUCUGUGAUGGAGAUCGGCAUGGUCGAAAUUCCCUCUCUCGCUAACUCGAGUUAAAGAGAAGAUUUAUUGGUGAUUAUGCUCAUUUAUGAGUCUCCGGUUCAGAGAGAUUAAGUUUUUUAGGUUUAGUGAGAAUGUUAUUAUGAUUCAUUUGGGGUUUGUUUUCAACCAUUUUCAGUGGGAAAAUUGAAUGUGAAAGCAAACUAAUUAAAUGAGUCACUUUUUUGUUAUUGUUUCACCUUUUUUGGUGUUGCCAAGGCAAAAUAUGUGAUGUACAUCAGGGUUAAUGAUUCAUGAUAAUAUAAUU